GAUAGAUCGAAAAAGUCACAAAACAUGACGGAAUGUGUUCCUGUACCAAGCUCUGAACACGUUGCCGAAAUUGUAGGUCGACAAGAUAAUAUAUAUACUGGAUUGUCAACAAAUAUACAACUAUAUGAAUUGGUACAACCAAAAUUGACUUUUAUCUUUUCAUGAAUUACACGCAUUAGUGGAUAUUUAUUGAAUAAAUAAUUAAAAUGUUUAUUAGUUCAAAUUUGAAAUCAAAUAUUCACAUAUACACAUUAGUCAUCUUAAUAUGCCAAGCAUAUGGAAAUGGUAGCUAUCUAAAUGGACGUAAUGGAGACUAUGGAGUGCAAAGAAAUACGCAAACCAAUAAAUUAGUGAAUGCUAAUGGAGAUGGACAAAGGCCAAACGUCAAUAACGGCUUGGUAACAAACGAUGGCAGCGCUCGAAGUUCCGUUGGCGAAGUAUUUGUACCAAAAACAUUUUCGCUUAGUUCGCAGGAGCCAUCAUGUGAACAACUUCGUGCCAUGUGGAUAUUUUCAAAGAGACAAUCUCGGGCAGCAGAAAUAACAAAUGAAAUACCCACAUAUCGCGACCCGUUUACAUAUAAUAUUUGGGAUCCGAUAUACUCCAAUUCUAGACGCUUUGGAUCACUUCGAACGGGAUCAAGGGAUCGAGCCCGCUCACCUGUUUUCGGCCGAGUCGUUAGUCGAGAACCCACAAUUCCUCAGCAUAUCGGAGGAGGACUUGAGCAACGUCAGCGUCUUAUUGUUGAUGGUACUUUUAAUCCUGGGCAGACUCGAUUAUAUAGUUCAGAAGCACGUCCAAUCACUAGUGCCUCAGGCGUAUCCCAAACAUCGUCUGCACUUUCGUCGUCUUCAUCGUCAACCCGUCGAGCAAGUAAAAACCGAUAUAUGGGUGUACCGUAUAACUCAGGCGAUAAUUUAAGUGGCAGCCAAAAUUCAGCAGCAGUUCAGGGUAGCUUUCAAAAGCUCAAAGAACUCAUCUGGACAGAGAGGGCCAAAGAAUUAACGCAGCAACGGCGUGCCGAGGAACUGGCGGCGCGAGCAGCUGUACUGAAGGAAAUUGCAAAUGGCCAAAACAUGCAAGGAUCGUACAAAACAUCUUUUAAUAACUUAGCUGACUCAUUGCUGAUGGAUGAAAACCGCAGUCCAGAUAAUAGUGGCAAUCAAUAUAUACAUGCCAAUCGCCUGUCGAUUUCAAGCGGCCAAUCUUUCGAUGUCAAAAAUGCCAAUAAUAAAAAUUCUGGGCAUCGAAACAGCGCUGGUGGGAGAGCUUCAACACGACGAAUUGGAAGUAAUUUUGGAGUUGCAACUCAUGCUACUGGACCAACACAUAAAGAAGUCAGUUUUCUAAGAAAGUCUAGUCCGGCAAAUACUAUCGCUCGCACUUCGAUUCCAGUAACAGACGUGGAUUUGAGUGAAUUAUUAUCAGAUCAUGCUGUAAUGGGCAUACCAAUGACAUAUCCAAUUCGACAAUCCCAUUUCAGGGAAAGAAAUCGUUCUCUUUUUAAACAGAAUACUAACGGUGACGACUAUUUUCAUCGAGAGAAUAGAAAAUUGGGAUCGAAUAGGGAGUUUGAAUUUCUUAAAGCAUAUUUAAAUGAGAAUCAGCUAAGACCAUUAAAAUCAAUUGAAUAUAACAUUAUGAAGCCUAAUGUUCAAUUAUAUUCCGCCGUCGAAAACGAUCAAGCAAUUGAUCGUCCCCAUAUAAAAAAUAAUUAUAUUGAUUCUUACUAUUAUAAUUAAAAAGAUCUCUGCUCAUAAAUAAUUAUCUCCUAUAUCUUUUUUUUAUUUUUAGCAAUGCUAGUUAAAAUU